AUGAUUGUGUUCAAAUGGUUGCUGCUUAAUGAAGGGACAGCAUGUAUUCAUUCAUUGCAGAUCAGCCACUAUUCCACAUGUGCUUGCCUCAGUGAUAAAACAAAGUACCCGUCCUUUCUCAGAACAAUACCCAGUGAUUACUUCCAGAGCAGAGCCCUGGCCCAACUGGUCAAGCACUUUGGCUGGAUGUGGGUUGGUGCCAUAAGAACCGAUGACGAUUAUGGCAACAACGGCAUGGCUGCUUUCACAGAAACUGCUCAACGGCUGGGCAUAUGUCUGGAAUAUUCUGUGCCGUUCUUUCGAAUGGAUCCCCCAGAUAAGAUACAAAAAAUAACUGAUCUGAUUAAGGCGUCCACCUCAAAGGUGAUUGUUGCUUUCCUCUCUCACAUGGACAUGGAUGUGUUAUUGCACGAGUUUUCCAAACACAACUUGAGCGGUUAUCAGUGGGUUGGGAGUGAGGGCUGGAUCUUUGAUUUUCAGACAGCAGCAAGAGACAAAACUCACAUCCUGGACGGAGCCAUAGGUCUUAGUAUUCCCAAAGCUCAUGUGAGCGGCCUCCAAGAGUUUAUGCUUGAUGUUACGCCCCUCAAUUCAUCCAGCAAUGACUUGUUCAUAGAGUUCUGGGAGACAAUGUUUAGCUGUGAGUUCAAACGGUCGGUGUCGGCAGCACAAAUUCAGGGAGAAUGUACCGGACACGAAGACGUGGCAGGAGUGAAAAACAGCUUCACGGACAUGUCACUCAUGCCUAUUCUUAACAACGUCUACAAAGGAGUGUAUGCUGUAGCCCACGCUCUACAUAUGAUACUUGGGUGUAACAAAACGUGCAACACUGAUGUGCAGCCUCAGCCAUUAGAGGUAAACUUUCACUUGGUGAUUGCCCAUUUUACAUAUAGUAGUAUUAAAUAAGCCAUUUAAAGUAUAACAAACAUGAAACAACAAUACAACCACCCACAACAUUUUUUCUCACCAGAUUUUAGAGCACGUAAAAAAAAUACACUUUAAAACAAAAGAAGGAGAUGAAGUUUACUUUAAUGAGAAUGGAGAUCCAGCAGCAAAAUAUGAGAUUAUAAACUGGCAACCAAAGGAAAACGGCAUUGUGGACUUUGUCACGGUCGGCCUUUAUGACGCAUCAUUGCCUGCAGGCAAGCAGCUCAAUCUGCAAAGUGAUCUAAUCUGGGCCAGAA